CACAACGAAGUAGAUGGUUUGUUGUUGUUCUACACACGGGUUGAGGAGAUGGGAAACUGGAGGUGAGGAAUUCACCACAGAGGCACAGGAACGAGACAGAGCUUUCUGACUGACUGGGAGUAAAUCCAAACCUAUGGAUCUUCAACAGUUUGCAGUUUAGAAGCGUGAAGCAUAUCACUCAUCGUCCUUCACUGGAGGAAGAAGACGAAACUUCUAAACCUGUGUGUCUCUACCAGAACUUCCCACGCGGCUGUCUGAAGAAGAGAAGUAGAGGGAAAGAGAGAGGAACGAAGAGCAAAAACCAGCCUGCCCCUCGAAAGGGAAGAAGGACGGUGUCCUGAGAGGGAGGUGGCUAUGCGUGAGGAGGUUUCCUGUGCCAACUCCCCUGAAGGGGGGCUGGGGGCCAGCGAGGAGGAGCUGGAGAGGGGCUCCAAGAAGAGUGGGCCAACAGGGGGGCGAAAGCGGGUGCCGUACCCCAAGAAGGACAGUUUGGGUCGGGCCGAGGAGAGGGCCGUGGUCAGCGGGAGCCCCAACUCCCUUGUUCCGUCAGGGCCAAAGCGGCAGAAGAAGCAACAGAGCUCCCCCACGUCGGUGGUGUGUGUGGCCCCAUCCGUGCUGAGCUCCAGCGGCCUUGGUUUGGGCCCGGGCGGCGAGCCCUUCGAGGACCUGCACACUCAGCGAGUGAUCGCCAACGUUCGCGAGCGCCAGCGCACGCAGUCACUGAACGACGCCUUUGCCUCGCUGCGUAAGAUCAUCCCCACUCUGCCCUCCGACAAACUUAGCAAGAUACAGAUCCUGAAACUGGCGUCACGCUACAUCGACUUCCUGUACCAGGUGCUGCAGAGUGAUGAGAUGGACGCCAAGCUGGCUAGCUGCAACUACCUAGCCCACGAACGCCUCAGCUACGCCUUUUCCGUCUGGAGGAUGGAGGGUGCCUGGGCAAUGUCUGCCAGCCACUAGUGUCCCCUCUCCAUCCUCCAUCCUGCUCUGCCCGUCCUGCUCUGUCUUAACCUUACUUUCUCUUACUUCCUUCUUGUACUUCCUAACCCCACCAUCCCUGGCCUCCCCUAACCCACUAUCUCUGUACCCCCUAACCCUACCAAUCCUGGCCUCCCCUAACCCACUCUCUCUGUACCCUGUAACACAACCAACCAUGGCCUCCCUUAAGCCACUAUCUCUGUACCCAGUAACCUCACCAUCCAAGGCCUCCCUUAAGCCACUAUCUCUGGCCCUCCUUUAAGCCAAAACACACUGUUUCCUCCUAACCCACUACCUCCCUCUCUUCAUUAUUCUCUAUUCUCUACUGUUCUUCAAACUGUUCUUUGCUUCAUUCCCCUAAUCGCCCACUGCUCCAUCACUCACCUUAACCACUGCCCCAUCACUCCCACUGUACCCGUUCACCCUUCGAGCUUUGCCCCCCCAACCCCCUUUCCACCUAAAAUGCCCCUGUAUGCCGCCUAACAAUUUAGCCCCAACUCCACAACUCUACGGUACACCCCUGCAGGACAGACAUCUAACGAAUGGACUCUUCUUUACAUCUAAAAAGGUCUGUUGUGUCCAUCCUCCCCUGCAUACCCCAUCUCUCCUUCUUCAGAAGCCCUGGCCCACAGACAUGGGCAUUGGAGCGAACACAGGCAUUGGUUUAAGGACAGAUAUCCAGUCGACUCUCCUUUUGCAGCCUGACAGACAGACAGACAGACCGUUUUAUAAUGCUCUAUUACAGUAUGUGACUGUCACUGAGGCAUGACGAAGAUCCUCAAUUUAUACGCCACUUCAAAGACUCCACAGAGGAAGAUUCUUUGACAACUGAGAUGACUUACGCUCAUGAUAAUUACAAUAAUGGCCAUAAUAAUGACGCCAAAGGGAUGGAUAGCUGGUGGUCCCAGCCCAAUGAAUGUUUACAGCAAAGAUGCUAAUAAGCUAAUAAUUGUAGGCUCUUCCACCUCCAUUUGAUGGGUAGGAAAAGUCACAGAAGCCUGCCAUGUUUCCAACAGUUAUAUACAUGUAUCUGCUUGAUUUGUCUGUUGCCUGUGUUCAUGUAUUUCUCUGUUUGCAUUAUCUCCCUUCAUAGCGGGUAGACUUAGCAUGUGCAUAUGCUAAUUGCUUAUUCAUAAAGGUUACAUUUUACAUUACAAUGACUUUAUAUCAGAGUAAGUAAUAAGCGAUAAUCUUUGCUGGCUCCCUACAACACAUGAGUACAGUAGUACACACAGUUUUGUAGCAUGCACAGACUAUGGUUAGAUUAGACAUAGUGGAUAGAUUCCACUAAACCUAAGGUCUGUGAUAGAUUAAGUAUGAAAAUUUAACAUGCAAAAUAACUACGUGGUAAUACAGUAGGAGCAGAGUAACAUAUGACAUAUUCUUUGGACACUCUUAAUUAAAGUAAAGAUACAAUUAGGAGUGACAUUGUACAUUGUUGUAUAUACAAGUAACAUUGUACUUAUAGUUUUAAGUAGCAGUGUACUACUUUUAAAUGAAAGAUAAAAAUAUAGUUUUAAUAUUGUAAGUUUAGUAAUUCAUUGGAAUUUCUCUUUAAGAUACUUUUAAGGAAAUACUGCAAUAUGCUAUCAGUAAUUUGAGAGUGUAAUGAAAAUUGUAAACUGUAUUUUUUUUUUUACAAUGUGAUAAAUUCAGAUUUUGUUGCUACUGGGUAAUGGUAGGUAGUGGGAAUAUCUGAUAUACUGUCUCCAGAAAAUGUAGUUGGUUAAUAUGUUUUAUCCUCGUGCUCAGAUGUAGUUCUUUUGGCAGAUUGUUUGUCACCAGCUUUUCAUUACAUGAGCUCCUGUGGAUAAUAAUAAAAACAGUUUUGGUAAAAUACCACUAAAAGUCUGAUCAGGACCAUUUUCAAAGGCACUUUCCAUCUUUCUGUCUCAAAGCAACUCUUCUAACACUCUGCACACAAUGACAGAGUACAUUAUGUAUAACAGAGUACAUUAUGUAUAACAGAAUACACUAUGUAUAACAGAGUACAUUGGAAGACAAGACAAUGUCUUAUAAGUUAUAUAACAAAUAAGUGAACUGCAAUACCUUUUGUAUCAAUGCAAGGCAGGAACCAAGAUUUGUGUCAAACUGUGUUACAUUACCAAGUCAUGCGUUUUUAUAUUCCCAAAAUAGCUGAGUGCUUGGUGUAAGGGCAACAUUAAAUACAAA